AUCCGCGGAGGGGAGCUGUUCAUGACGCUGCUGCUUAAUCCGGUCAGUAUCUUCAUGACCCACCUGUCUAACUACGGCAAUGACCGGCUGGGCCUCUACACCUUUGAGUCGCUGGUGAAGUUCGUCCAGUGCUGGACCAACCUCCGGCUGCAGACUCUGCCCCCAGUGCAGCUGGCUGACAAGUACUUCCAGAUCUUCCCAGAGGAGAGAGACCCCUUGUGGCAGAACCCCUGUCAUGACAAGAGGCAUAAGGACAUCUGGUCAAAAGAGAAGACGUGUGAUCGGCUGCCCAAGUUUCUCAUCAUAGGCCCACAGAAGACAGGUACUACAGCUUUGCACUCGUUUCUCUCCCUCCAUCCUGCCAUCUCCAGUAGUUUCCCCAGCCCAGUGUCAUUUGAGGAGGUGCAGUUCUUCAGCGGCCCCAACUACCAGCGGGGUAUUGACUGGUACAUGGACUUCUUCCCCGUCCCCUCUAACGUGAGCACGGACUUCCUGUUUGAGAAGAGCGCCAACUACUUUGACACGGACGCGGCUCCGCCCAGAGCCUCAGCCCUGCUGCCCAGAGCCAAGGUCAUCGCCGUCCUCAUCAACCCUGCUGACCGCGCGUACUCCUGGUACCAGCACCAGAGGGCUCACCUGGACCCUGUGGCUCUGAACUUCUCCUUCCAUGAGGUGGUGUCUGCCAGCCGCUCCUCCCCUCCUGCCCUGCAGACCCUGCAGAGACGCAGCCUGGGGCCUGGGACCUACGCCUCCCACCUGGAGAGAUGGCUGCACCACUACCAGCCCAGCCAGCUGUUGGUAGUGGAUGGGGUUCUGCUUCGCUCCAACCCAGUUCAGGUGAUGGACGGGGUGCAGAAGUUCCUAGGAGUCACGCCUCAUUUCAACUACACACAGGCCUUGAUGUUUGACGAGAGUAAGGGCUUCUGGUGCCAGAGGCUGGACGGAGCGCGCUCACGAUGCCUGGGGAAGAGCAAAGGCAGGAAGUACCCGGACAUGCCCGCUGAGACGCGGGCCCUGCUGUCGGAACACUACCGCGAGCAGAACCUGGAGUUGCUCCGCCUGCUCAGCCGCCUGGGUCAGACUCCGCCCCCCUGGCUGAGGGAGGAGCUACAGGGGGCCAGCUGGAACUGACCAAUCAGACAGGCCCCAAAUGUUUAACCCCGCCCCUUCCCUCCCACGCUUCUCCUACCAACCAGAAUUUAGGGGGGGCGGGUAAUCUCUCCCCCAAACUUUCCACCCCCCGACUGCAGCGUCUUGACAGGCCUGGAAGCUGCCCCCCCCCCCCCCCCCCCCCCACCAGGGAAAUCCUGAGGUGAGAACCCCCCUGUGGGCCUGAUCUGAGGUGGCCCCAUCAUCCCCCGUAGAUGGAGUCAACAGUCUACAGUUCGGGCUAAAGGCUGUGACCUCGCACAUCACGGGGUCACUAAUCGCCAACGAUGUGGAUGCUCAGACCCAGAGCCACCUGCCAGAGGGCUCACUGGUGUCUGUGCUCAGAGUGCCAGUGGGCGACCGCCGGGGGCCUGAAGCCUUGACGGCUGUCCCUACCCGCACGGGAGGGCCUCCUUUUCAUACAGGGCUCCAUGCACUGCUGGCUCCCCAGGAGCCAACGACGUGAAUGCGCUCGGAAAAACACAGGCUCACAUCAACCAAUCAGGGGUCUCGGAAAUGGCAAAUGGGAAUGGGACACGAGGAGCAGGAGGAGGAGGAGGAGGAGGAUUAGGAGGAGGAAGGAGCGCAGUCUGAUUGUCUUUGGUGGCCUUCUACCCAGAAACCCAGAGACGCACAGUACUGACGGGCUGAGAAUGCCUUGCUCUGGAGUUGAGGCCUUUUGACUUGAGGCUUUGUAGCCAGACCUGUCCUGGAGGUCUGGGGCACAGACCUGGGAUAACUUCUGAGGAGUAAAUCUCAUUGCUUGUCCGGCAGAAGCGACAGGUGAAAAAAAUGGGCGAAGGAACAGGACUUUGCAUUGCUAGUCGGCCUAAGCGUCUUCAACUGGACAUGAACCUAGACAUUAGGGAAUUGUUAGAGGGGCCACUAUGUGCUGGGCUUCAGUGGUGCAGCUGCAGCACUCAAGACAUAGCAAACCAUCCCUGUGGUACUUGUUGAGCCAUAGUGCCUGCAGUAGCACACUGCCUAACUGUACGCUCACACCGCUGCCGACUUGAGCUUCCAAAGAUUCAGGAAGUCAUUCAUUUUCAGUGGAAGCCGCCUUCGCUCAGCUGCAAGCAGCGGCCAAUCUGUCGGCGUCGCGUUUUGGGUGUCUUUGAGCGACUUGAGCGUCUAGCAGAAAGACCAGCAACGAACAUGAUCGAACAUAGAAUGCCGCCACGUCAGAGCGGCCAAAGUGUCCAAAGCUUCCCGCGGCGUCCUUGGCAGGGCGUCCAGAGCUUAAGCUCAAGUCGGCGGCGGUGUGUGUGUACAGUAACGCCGGGAGCUUCUAGAGCUUUGUCCGCCGUCUCUUGUGUGAGGUGAAAAAGGGAAUAGAAGGCAAAAGAGGUUCUAGAACAUCUUCAUUAUGAUGUCACAAUGUCCGUUGCCUCAGAUUGGAACAUUGCUGUUUGUUUACGCGCUUGCUGGAACAGGAAGGAAGCAGGCAGUCCAGAGGACUGGAUGGCCUUUUCAUGUGUGCGUACUGAGCAUGUGCGCAACGAGGAUCUAAAAAAAAAAAAAAAAAUGGUGGUUAAGGGACAAGAGGACAUGAGAACACCAUUAGUUAGUGACUCAUGUCUGAGGACUGUUAUCUCAGAUGGCUAAUUAUCCUGAGACUAAACUACACCAAGCAACCAAAUGAGAGUUUGCGUAUGUGUGAAAGAGAGCGAGUGUGUGUUUGGGUGUGUAAGUAAGUGUUAUCUAGUGUGUAUUUCUGUGCGCUGUUUAUGUGUGUGUGUGUGUGUGUGAGAGACAGAUCAAAAGCGAGUGGCUGGGUAUCUGCCCAUCAACACAGUAAAUGGAUUUCCCACGCUGUACUCUGUUGUCCUGUUUGUUCAAGUCUGUAAUAAAAAAAAAGGCACAGAAUGGA